GCAGCGGCGGCAGGCUGUGCGGUGCUGGGCGAGAGCUGGUGCGGUGGGCAGGGCCGCGGCUGGGGACCCACGUGCGGGGCGGCCCGCUGGUGCUUCGGGGGCUGCGAAGGCAAGUCUGCAGGAGGCUGGUCCCCCUUUCCCCUCCCGCGUGGCAGCGCGUGGUUACAUGACGGAGGUCGCGGAGCUGGAGAGUGGCAGUGGGUGCGUGGGUUCCAGGCCUCUGUCCCCCCGAGGGGGCAGCCUCCUGGCCCCGCGUCUCGCCGUCUCGGCCUAGAGCCCCACCGCAGAGCCCCCUGCGACGCGGCCGGCGCUGACACCCGAGGGCGCUGUCAUGCGGGAGACCCCGGACGCCGUGCGGCUGCGGCUGCUCAGCCUGGCGCUUCUGCGGCAGCUGCGGGCCGGGCAGGAGGCGGUGCGGCGCUCGGUCACCAGGGCGGCACCGCAGUCUGGCCCGGAUCCCAGCGGCAGCAGCAGCGGCCGCAGCUCGGACACCUCGUCUCCCCCAGACACGACCUCCACGCCCCUGGGAAGCUCCUCGUCGCGGGAUGCGCCCCCCCGAAACCCCCGAAACCCCCGGGACCUGAGCGCUGCGCCCCCCGCCCGGUGCCCACGCCAGGCGGCCCGGGGUCACCCGAGGCCCCGGAUCGAAGCCUGGCUCCGCACCCGGGACUCGGAGCACCCGCAGCUGUCGGCAGCACCGGGCACCUGGGACCCCGAGCACCCGCAGCUGUCGGCGGCAUCGGGCAUCUGGGACCCCGAGCACCCGCAGCUCUCGGAGGCAUCGGACACCUGGGACCCCGAGCACCCGCAGCUGUUGGCGGGGCCGGGCACCUGGGAUCCUGAGCACCCGCAGCUGUCGGCGGGGCCGGGCACCUGGGACUCCGAGCACCCGCAGCUGUCAGCAGCAUCAGGCACCUGGGACUCGGAGCACCCGCAGCUUUCGGAGGCGUCGGGCACCCGGGACCCCGAGCACCCGCAGCUCUCGGAGGCGUCGGGCAGUUCGGGGCCCCGGGAGACACAAGCCGGGAGCUCCGUCCCCGGCCAGCAGAGCAACCGGCCCCAGAGAGUGACGUUCCAUCAGGAGUCUCUGGUGCCUGAGAAGAGUUGGCGUCUCCGACCGUUCCUGGGCUAUGACUGGAUUGCAGGAACCCUGGACAACAAGUCUACCAUGAGCGACCAGCCUGACGCAUUCUUCUCGGAUCUGCGGCAGUUCCGGGAGGCCAACCAGGAGGAGUGUGUCGCCAGUGACAGCGAACCCCUCUUCAGCAGCCUGCCCGGGAGCAGCGAGGUCGACAGAGACCAUGAAUGCUUGUACUGUUAUCGUGUCAACCGGCGAUUGUUCCUGGUGCCUGUGGAUCCCAGCUCGCCCUGCCGCCUGUGCAAGGUCCCCCGGGGCCAGCGGGGCCCAGAGAGCAUGGCGCAGCCCGCGCAGGUCAGGGUGAGCCUCCCCCUGUCAGCCCUGGACCCCCCCCACCGGUACCGCAUCCACCGGAGGAAGAGCUUUGACGCCUCCAACACGCUGGCCCUACCCCGGCACUGCCUGCUGGGCUGGGACAUUCUCCCUCCAAAGCCAGAGAGAAGCUCGGCCCCCAAGAGCCUGGACCUCUGGUCAUCAGUCCCCUCGGAGGCCCAGCACAGGAAGCUGCCAGCUGCUCUGCCCUCCUGCUUGGCCUUGUCUGAUCGGGUCCCACACCCUACUCCAACCUGGUCAGAAACCCAGGCCCCUGUGCCCUGUGCCCGCCGGCUAAAGCCCUGAACUGGUCACUUGGAGGAGGGCCACACCCCCACUGUAGCUUCGUACCCCCCGUCACAAGAUGGGGGCCUGUCCAGCCUCAGGCCUGACCCUGUGAAGUUGUCUGCAGGCCUGCGUCCAUCCUGGGGACUUUGGAUGUGGAGAGGGGAUUCUGUGACUUGUUGAUGAAUAAAGCUGAGUUCUUGGCUGC